AUAAGAAGUGUCCGAUUACAUAACCACCCGAGCUGUGUACUGUAUUUACUCGCUAGUGCGGUCAUUCAGAUAUGUCUUAUUCUCAGCCUCCAAAAAGGACUGCACUGCCCCGAGAAAUGUUAAAGUGGCUACAAAGUCUCCAUCUGUCGUUUUCUCCGAAGAAUGUGCGCAGAGACUUCUCUAAUGGAUACCUCAUAGCAGAGAUCUUUUCCUGGUACUAUCCUGAGGCGUUCUCCAUGCAUUCCUAUGACAACGGCACAUCACUGGUCGCCAAGCAGAACAACUGGGCGCAGACAGAGAGAGUCCUGGUGAAGCAGCAUGUGAGUCUUAGGAAGGAGGCCAUUGAAGGCACCAUCCACUGCAAACCUGGAGCAGCAGAGUCCCUGCUACAGGAGAUACACACCCUACUGACCAACAGGAGUAUCAAAACUGUCCAGGAGGUGGCGCCAGACUUCACAGAUCAGCGCUAUCAGGAGCAGUUGCCAAUGGUGGCUCGUGCGACAGCCUCCAGAGCCAUCAAGAACAAUCUGUGUCUGAGUGAAGAAAUGGCUGAACCCAACAUAACCACCAACCAGCAAAAAAUCCAGGCCAUCAUACAGCGCCACAUACGGCACAGGAGGGAGGAGAGGAUGCAGGACCCCAAGCGCUUCAAUGCGAGACUCACGCUGGGUGAACAGGCUGCCCGGCUGCCUCCUGUAGCCACCCGUGGAGACCCAGACCUGCCCACCAAGGCCAGCCACACUGCCAACUCGUGUAAUCCUGCUGGUCUGAGACUGGAACUAUCUGCUUUGUUUUGUUUUGUUUUGUUUCUGUGUCUGUGUGUGUGUGUGUGAGUGAAUGUGUGUGUGUGUGUGUCUAGUUAAUCUUCUUGUUAAUCUGUCACUUUCAAUCUGGAUCAGUUCCCCAUUACCUUACUUGGUACCUGCAUGAAGAAAAUAACCAUUUCUAAAUGUAUUCUAACAGUCUAGAGGUUGUAAUGGAAAUUAUUUCAUACUACUCAUUCAAUCGAACAGGCUGAUCCUUGUUCACUGUGAUGUGUGGGUCUGUCCAGGGUUGCUGGGAGCCAGGCACACGACACACACAGGCGAGAUCAGGCACUGGCAGUCCUGAACAACAUCUCAAAAAGGCACUGGACAGGAAAAUGCACAAAUCUGUGUUUCAAACACUUACAUUUUUUUUUACAAUCCAUCCGAUCUAGAGAAGGGUUAUGAAAACUAAUAAAUGAUGGACAUUAAAUGGGUAUACUGCUUUAACAUUAUGGCCAGAUUUAUAGUAGGACCAAAGUAUGUGUAAUUUUUUUGAAACUCCAUGGCACCAGUUUGUAGGUUGUUUUGCAAUUGCCUACUCUAGCCUACAUUAGCAUUAAUUAGCAUCUUUGAUGUAUAAAUGUACAACUGUAUUUUGUUAAUCAUGUUCAAUCAAUUGUGUU